AUGUCUUUACAGAAUUCUACCCGGUUGCUUCCCAUUCAGUUCUUUCUCUUGGGGAUCCCUGGCCUUGAACAUCUCUACCUCUACCUUGCCGUUGUCUUCACCAUGGUUUAUAUCACAUCUAUUAUUGGAAACGUCAUGCUGAUUUUCAUCAUUAGGAUAGAUCGAAGCCUUCAUGAACCCAUGUACUUCUUUCUCUGCAUGUUGUCCUCCAUUGACCUAGUCUUGUGCAAUUCUACCACACCCAAGAUGUUGGGGAUCCUUUGGCUGAACUCUCAUGAGAUUUACUCUGAGGCGUGCAUCACCCAGAUGUUUUUCCUCCAUUUCUUUGCCAUUAUGGAGUCAUCCCUACUCUUGGCCAUGGCAUUUGAUAGAUAUGUUGCCAUCUGUAACCCUCUUAGGUACACCUCGAUACUAACAAAAUGGCUGAUAGCACAUAUCGGCAUGUUGGCCAUCAUUAGAGCGGUAGGACUGAUGCUGCCUUUACCUUUCCUUUUAAAGAGACUACCCUUCUGUUCGGCCAAUGUCAUCCACCACUCCUACUGUGAGCACAUGGCUGUGGUGAAACUUGCCUGUGCCGAUACCACCCCUAACAACAUCUAUGGCAUAGUGGUGGCUCUUUCCAUUGGAGGGUUGGAUCUGUUCUUCAUAAUCUGCUCUUAUGUCAUGAUUCUUAGAGCUGUGUUUAAGCUGGCCUCCACAGAAGCCAGAACUAAGGCUCUUGGCACAUGCGCCUCUCAUAUUUGCGCCAUCCUUUCAUUUUACAUUCCGGUUGUUCUGUCUUCUGUUGUCCACAGAUUUGGAAAAAAUGUCCCAAAUCAUAUUCACAUCCUAUUGGCCAAUGUGUACCUGAUGCUGCCACCUCUCAUUAAUCCUAUUGUGUAUGGGGUAAAGACCAAGCAGAUAAAAAACCGGGUGAAAUCUGUCUUUGGACUUCAUAUGUUCUACCAAUGUCUGCUCUGA